AUGGUGAAGAGGCUCCAAAGAGUGAGGCGAAUCUCGACGACUCGAAGACAGUUGUCACCAGCAAGGCUGACAGGCAUGCAAACUCUGUCUCGAGCCAGCUCUGACCGGAUUGGUGGCAAUCUCAUCUGCCCAAAAUCGAUCGACAGGACAGAGGUUGCCAACUCCGCCAAGCGUCAGAUACUACGUCCCGACAUAGACGACUGGGGCUCUUCAAUCAAAACCGGCCGCAUGCUGCCUUCCACAGACAGGCCGGAGAUGAGCCAAUAG